AUGCAGAGUCAUGUGCACAGACAGCUGGGCCUGACCUCUGCAGAGGCCCUGUCUGUGCUGCACACCCAGCUGGCCUCUACCCUGGAGCAGUUCAAGAGGAAGAGAAAGGCAGAGGGCACCUGGCAGAGUGCAUGGCGGCGGAGUUUCCUGCAUCACUCUGUGCGCUGGUCCUGCCUGCAUUGGCCCAGCGUCCUGCUCAUGCUGCUGUGUGCCGUAGCUCUGCUGGGCUGCCACACCCUGCUCCUCCCACACAGUGAUGGGACAGCUCUGGUGGGGGGCUGCAGUCUCCUGCUUCUCCUGCUGGCAGGGCUGGUUGCUAUGGCACAGUUGCAGUGGGUGAAGAGGGAGGAGAUUCCCCGCCGGCUUCAGGCCAUCCUGUGCACCAUUCAAGACUACCUGCGACAUCCCCAGGCAGGCUGGACACAGGCCUGCAUGGAGCUCUUCUGCCAGCCCUCCCCAGCCAUCUCCCUGCAGUGGACCUAUCGAGAUGGCCACCUGGUCAACCUGCCAGUGAUUUUGCUGGUGGAGGGUGACAUCAUCGCCCUGCGUCCUGGGGCAGAAGCGCCCACAGAGCUCAGGGGCAUCCAGGUGAAAGUGGAGCCUUGCCCACUGUGGGAAUCCAUAUCACCAGCACUCUGCAACAAACUAAUGUUGCAAGAGGAGGGAAUUCAUGCUGGUUCACCCUUAAAUCUGUGUGAUAAACAGGAGGAGGAGCAUGUGGUCCUCUCCCGCAGUGACGUCUUCAGCCACCUCUCUUCUCCGCCCUCCCCAUUGGACAGCGACAGGCCCCGUCUACACCAUCUGCUCCAACCACAGCUCUUCAGGGUAACAAAGACACCAACAGUGGACACUGUGCAACGAUGUUUAGAGCUGGGGGAGCAGCGUCCUGAUUCAGUUCUAGACAAUGAGCGCUAUACUGUGCAGAGUCUGCUGGAGAGAGGGCUGGCUCCAUUGGUUCUGGUGGUGUUGCUACUGCUGAAUCUGGCCCGGUACCUCCUGGGUGCCCCAGGUGUCGGACCCUGGCCUGUCACACUGCUGCAGCUGCCAGUGAAUGGGGUUCUGCCCCUGUUGCCCCUGGCAUUCCCCCUCCUCUGGCUGCAAGGCAGUUUGUAUGGUGAGAUCUGGGUGCUGACUCAACUGGGUGCCCAACCUCAAGGCUGGAGAGAGGUGUGGGGUUUGACCUGUCAAGCAUUCAUAGCAGUGCUGUGUGGAAGAUCCCCUGCGCUCUGCCACACUGCCAGCCUCCUACACAGCCUGGGUUCAGUUACGGUAUUGUGCUGUGUGGACAAGCAGGGUAUUCUUUCCUGGCCCAGCCCAAACCCAGAAAAAGUCCUGUUCUUCAGCGGGUCCUUGAAACACAGAGGCAGUGGAAAGAAAGCUGGAAUGGAUCCUAAAAACUGCACUCAGCAGCCCCCAUCCCCAUCCCAGGGCUCCAGUGUGCUGGAGCUGCUGAGCCUGUCACUGGGCAGGGGGACGGACACGCGGGUGCAGUUUGAUGACUCCCACUGGCAGCGCCACAACAGCUCCCUGCGCCCCCUAGGUCUGGCCCUCCAGCUGGCGACGUGCGACCCUGGGGUUGUGGCCAUGCUGUGGCGCCAGUCUGACCACCUGACCCACGCAGCGCUGCUGAAGAGCCGCCCGCAGUGCCAGCCGGUGUACCCGCCCUGGGGGCUUUACGAGCUGGCCAGGGUCCUGGGGUUCAGGUCUUCGGCCCAGGAGCCCUAUCAGCAGAGGAUGGGCGUGGCAGCGUACUCCCUGCCUACCACGCCCUGCACCCAGGACACUGUCCCCUGGCAGUCCCAGCCUGUGUCCAUGAGGAGGCAGCCCUUCUCUCACAUCAUGGGUCUCCUGGUGCAGGACAACCACUCAGGACUGCUGCAGCUCUUCUCCUAUGGCUCUGCUGACAUAGUCCUGGGAGCAUGCGCUGAAUUCUGGGAUGGCGAAGACCUCCAGCCUCUCACAGAUUGUGACAGGAAAAAGGUCCUGGAUAUUUACCAGCGGUCCUGCAUGGCGGGUCACUGCCUGGCCCUGUCAUUCAAACCCAUCCUUGACUCCCAGGACCCAGAAAUAGAUGGCAAGUGUGUAGAGCUGACACAUAACCCACAUCCUGAAACCAUAGAAUUAACAGGUGAAGACACAGAGAAGCACCAUACAGGCCCACAGGAUCUUCUGCUCGCCCUGAGACAGCACAUUUUCCUCGGCCUGGUGUCCUCCCAGUACCAAGCCCGACCUGACAUGGUUCGGCUCAUCGCUGGCCUGGACAGUGCUUGCAUCCGCUUUGUAUAUUUUUCUGCAGAGGAAGAGGUCAAGAGCAAGGUAUUUGCUGAGAAGAUGGGUCUGGAAACAGGCUGGAACUGCCACAUCUCUCUGCAGUCAGACCACUUCUCCCUGGACCCAGAGAGUCUGGAGGAGAAUGAGACACAGUGGGGCAGAGACCAGGGCGAAGAAGAGUGUCACCUUGGUGAAGAGACAAGGCAGGUGGAGCGGACAGCCACCAGAACUCUGGACAGUGAGGGGGCCUGCCUGCUUGGAGACUUGAACAGGGCAAAGCUUCCUAAGGGAAUUGAGAAUGUACGCCCUCACCUGAAGAACAUUGACAAUGUACCUCUACUCGUCCCCCUCUUCACUGACUGCACCUCUCAGACCAUGUGUGAGAUGGUGCAGAUCAUGCAGGAGUAUGGAGAGGUGGUCUGCUGUCUGGGAAGCUGCCAGAACAUUAACAACAAUGCUGUGUUCCUGCAGAGUGAUGUCAGUAUUUCUCUUGAGCCUCUCCUCCCUUCCUGCUGCUGGACCAGUCCAGAUAAACCUGUUCCUCCGGCAUCACAGUCCCACUGCACCCCCUUCUCCCCAGCCCACCUCUCAAGUGCUCUCUGUGGGCUGCCCUGUACGGUCCACUUAGGCCCACAGGACAACACUGCCAUCAUCCGACUUAUCAAACAGGCUCGCCAUACAACAGCAGGCAUCAGGAAAUGCUUCCUAUUCCUUUUGCAGUGCCAGCUGUCCGUCGUCCUUAUCCAGGUCCUUGCCUGUGUGUGCCAGCUCCCUCCUCCUCUUGGCACUAGUGAUGUUCUUUUUCUUUCCUGCCUCCACUUCCCAUUAAUCAGCGUGUCCCUUCUGGGCAAGCCUUCAGAUAGUACCAUUAUGAAGGUGCCAACUGGGAAAAAUCUGCGCUUCCUCCCAAAGAAGACUCAGCGUUUCUUUGUGCUCUACUUCCUGGUGAAGUUUGGCCUGACUGUCUGCACCUACCUGGCCUGUUUCGGCUUCAUGCUUCAUGGCUUCUGUCUGGAGAUUAACCACAAAGAUGACUCACUGUGUCACCCGGUGGCCCUGCUAAUGAACUCCAGUGACUCCUCUCCUGACUGGUUUGGAAAGCACUCUGAUGGUCUUGCUCUGGCCCAGAAGGUCAUUGCCUUCUUCGUUUUGCUGAAUGCCAUGUGCAUAUCUGUGAGCCAUGUACACCGCUCAGUCCCCAUGUGGAAGCAGAGCCCAUUCAGUAAUCGCUACUGGUGUGCCGUACUCAUCACUGUGCCCAUUUUCAAUGUUUCUAUAGCAACGGGAUCUCGCCUCCUAUGGCAUGACCCCACUCCACACCACAUUUUCUUCAUCACGGACAUCACUGUUGCCACAUGGCUUCUAGGUUUCCUAUGGCUGCUGCCCUUGAUCUGCAUCAAUGAGGGUAUAAAACUUCAUGAGAUCAGGAUGAAGGUGAGAUACCAGAAGAGACAAAAGUUGCAGUUUGACACCAAGUUAGGAAUGAAUUCCCCUUUCUGAAAUAAGAUUCUGUAGACACACCUUGAAGAUUACACAAUCUUAAGGUUUAAAAACAAAAAAAGUGUGCUGGUGUGUGGUGAGUUUAUAAAUACAAGGAUAUUGAUGAGCGCAACAUUAAUGACUGUAUUCCAAAAACAGUUAGGUAUACUGUAUAUGCCUAUGUCCCAUCAUGAUCAAUAACUAAUUCUUAAUAAUUAAAGGCUUAUGGCAGUGGUGUACAACUCCAUUUUCAAAAGGCUGUGUGUAUGCUGCUUUUUUCUAACCAAUUAUUUCUGGUACAGUUUUCUGAACAGCCCUAUAACACAAAUGAUGGUUCACUCAUGCGGUGAAACAUUAUCACCAAGGAUACCGGAGCUCAUGACUUUAUAAAAAAUUCCAGAUUAAGUGAUUUGGCUGAUUUAAAAAAAUAAGAGGAACUCAUUCUAAAACAGAUGAGCUCCGACUGUGCACCAAUGUCCUAUGGUUUAAAAGGAGAGUUCACUUUUUCAGGUUUUUGUUUCAGCUUUAGACCAUAAACCCCCAAUUGCUUCUAUACCAGCCAUUGUUUUGAGUCUAAAUUAGCUUGUCAUCAGAUAUUUCUGAAAUAUCUAAAAUAUCUUUAAUUAGGCAGUAAUGUAAAACACACGCUAAUACUGAAAUAAUAACAAAAACUCAAGAAAGUGAACUAUCCCAUUAAGUGUAAUUUAAAUUCCAGAAUGUGAAUAAUUGUACUUGUCAAAACCACGCUGUGGUGCAGCUCCUUGUCAAAAUACUGGUAAAAUGUUAAGAUCAUUGAUGUUUCAGCCAUGCAGGUAGUCUUCCCAGAAUCCAAGGGUUGAAUAGAAAAAAAUGUAAAUUAAAUUCAAAAGUAUUUUUCUGGUCUUUAUCAUAGCUUCUGUAUCACACCCAGCAAACCUGCACGUCACUAUUCAGCAGGUAGUGGCAUUUCAAAGCCACUAGGUGGAGAAAUGUACAAACUCAAAGGCUUCAGGGACUAAAGGAGAAAACUGGCAUUCCUUGUUCUUAUCAUUGACCCGCUGGACCACAUAAAGCCUCUCUGUCCAGUGGGUGAGGUCCUGUUGCAAGACCUUGCGGACUGCUUCGAGUUCUGUUUCUGUGUCUUUUCACAUAGCAAUGGACGACUGCUCAUUGCACCUAUCAUAGUGAACUGAGCAUGAACCUAUUGAUCAGAUUUUGUAAUCAGGAGAUUGUUUUAUUUCAGUUUUAUGUAUGUAUCUCAUGCUGCAGUAGCUUAUUGACAAUAGUUUUUGUUAUCCUUAGGGAUAGUGUGGAGAAUGUGCAAUGUAGAGUAUCUCAGGCUCAAUGUCAAAAUUGUCUCUUAGCACUCUCUAAACAAAUGUUACCUGAAUUACAGUCUUUGUUUCCAAUAAAUCUUGUAAUUUUCUGUGUCCCGAGAACAAAAAUCAAAAUGAAAAAAAAGAUGGCUGCAGUUAUAAUGCCAAUAAAAGUGACCAACCCACGCUCCAGAAACAAUCUAAAUAAAUUCAAUUACAUGAUGCGUUGGCUGCUCAAAAUAAUUAUAAAAAUAGAAAUACUGGAGCCAGCACACAAAACAAAUACAAAUUUUAUGUAUUUACAGUAGCGUCUUGGCAGCUUAAUUCCUUUUCAGCCCUUCAUUUUGGACAUUAAAGACAAAUAUGUUUCAGCCUCAGUGUCUGUACGAACCGCUCAGGAAAUUUUCAAAAUGUCACAGGAUAUUCACAAAAGAACGUACAUUAAAAAAAAAAAAAA